AUGUCGAGAGUUCCAGACUGGGUUCUCGAUUCUAAGCUCGAAACUCAUUUUCUGCCUGAUAGCAAACACGAGACAGUGCAUACCUACUAUGAGCAGGAAUCCCAUUCUCGGCGGCCAAUUAAAAAAACAGAACACUGGCAGCGGGUGAGGCAGAUUGGCGGUGGUGGGUUUGGAGAGGUGUGGCUGGAGAGAUGCACAAAAGGAAAGAAUCAUGGCCAUCACGUCCGCGCAACAAAGCAGAUGGAGUACGAGCGAUGUUUUGUCAAGUCUUUUGGGUGGUACCAGAACAAAGCCAGCUUGUUUAUUGCAAUGGAAUAUCUUGAGCUAGGAGAUCUGCAAGAUUAUCUGAACGACAAGAACCAGCCGCUACCGGAAUCUGAGGCACGGGACAUCAUGUCCCAAAUUCUUGAGGGCCUUGAUUUGAUGCAUGAUAAUGGCUUUACACAUCGUGAUUUAAAACCCAACAUUGCGGACUUCGGGAUCAGCAAACGUAUUGGAGAUGGCCUUGGAAAAUCAACAACGCUAAAGGGUACCCCCGGAUAUAUUGCGCCUGAGCUUUAUGAAUUUACUCAGGCCGGUACUCCAUAUGCUGUUGAUAUUUGGGCUGCUGGAGAGGUUAUGUUCCAAAUUUUGACCAAGCAACCCGUAUUCAAGCAUCCUGGUUUGCUUUUCAAUUAUGUCCAAACGCCCAACGUCUUUCCUUCCAAUCAACUUUCAGUCAACCAUGUCAGCGAGUCUGGUGUUGAGUUCGUCUUGUGUCUUAUGCAUCCUACCCCAGCAGGCAGAAUGUCAGCCAAAGAUGCUUUACAACAUAGGUGGAUGGAUCAGGCAUUGCCCCACAAUGGCAAUUUACCUACACUUGCGUAUAAGGAGGCCCAUAGCACAUCAUCAUUUGACUCAAUGACAGAAAAUUUUGCGUCAUGGAAUACUAUCAAGUCUCCAGAGACGUCGGGAACUCCAAUUCUGAAGAGAACAGAGGAAUUGAGGACAUCACCUCCCAAGACCUCUGGCAACGAAACUCUCAAGUUGCCCGUUGAACACAAAAUUGCUGCAGCCGUCCAACUCACGCUUCCUAUCACGCUUCAUGGCCAUUCAGAUUCUGUGAAUUCAGUGGCGUUCUCGCCCGAUAGUAAAUUGAUGGUUUCUGGAUCUCAUGACCGCAAAAUCAAACUCUGGAAUACUACCACAGGCGCUAUACACAAAACGCUCGAGGGCCAUUAUGGGCUCGUCAACUCCGUGGCAUUUUCACCCGAUGGUAAAUUUGUGGUAUCUGGAUCUACGGACAACUCAAUCAAACUAUGGAACACCACCACGGGCGCCAUACACAAAACGCUAGAGGGCGAUCCUGGAUGGGUGAAUUCCGUUGCAUUCUCUCCCGACGGCAAAUUAUUGGUCUCUGGAUCUCAAGACAUCACAGUCAAACUGUGGAAUACUAUCACGGGCGCUAUACACAAAACGCUCAAGGGCCAUUCUGAUGCCGUCAACUCCGUGGCAUUCUCACCCGAUGGUAAAUUGGUGGCAUCUGGAUCCACGGACUACACACUCAAACUCUGGAAUAUCACCACGGGCACUAUGCACAAAACACUUAAGCAUAAUUUGUAUGUUCAAUCUGUGGCAUUCUCGCCUGAUGGUAAAUUUGUGGCAUCUGGAAGUUAUGAUGAGACAGUCAAGAUUUGGAAUACCACCACGGGUACCAUAUAUAAAACGCUGAAGAGCCCUUCAUAUGUCCUUUCUGUGGCAUUCUCACCCAAUGGUGAACUGGUGGCAUCUGGAUCUACGGAUGACGAUGUCAAAUUAUGGAAUACUACCACGGGUGUUAUACACAAAACGAUUAAGCGCGAAUCACAUUAUUGGAGGUCUCAAUGGGCUACCUCCGUGGCAUUCUCGCCCGACGGUAAAUUAUUGGCAUCUGGAUCUAAUGGCAACACAGUCAAGCUCUGGGAUGCUGCCUUAUAA